AUGGCGCUGUGGAUGCUGCGCUAUGCCCAAAGUUUGCAGCAGCAGCCGCAGCAGCAGCCGCAGCAGCUUGGUGCAGCACCCGACGUGGCGGCCGCAGAGGCGCGCCUGCAGGUGGACGGCGACGCCGUGGGCGCGCUGCUGGCGCUGUGCGGACCCAUGGCCCCCCUGCUGCUGCUGCCCUAUGCGGCUCAGGGAGGCGUCACGGCGCUGCUGCAGCCCCUGGCCCUGCGCCGCCUGCUGUGCGCAGCCGCCGGCUUUGACCUGGGCGGCGGCGCGGGGCUCGUCAGCCAGCGCGCCCAGGUCAUGGCAGCCGCCAAGUCGGCCCUGCUGGCCGGCCAGUGGGCGGACGCCGUCGACAUCUGCCGCGCAUCGCACGACGGCUCGUCGGACCAGGCGGUCGCUAUGCAUGCGGACCUGCAGGCCUUUGCUGUCCGACGCUGCGCCGCCAGCAUCGUGCGCAGCGUUCUGGCGGACGGGAUGCAUUGUGAGCCCGAGGCCCUGUCCCGCGCGUUCCGCGCACGCACGGCUGGCAGCGAUGCGGCGAUGGUCUUUGCCCUGUGCCAUAGACAGCUCAGCAGUGCCAUCCUGGAGCAGCGCGUCGAGGACCUCGUGCUGGGCGGCCUGGACGAGUCCAGCGCACGCCACGAGGCGACCGUCGCGGCGGGCUGGGAAGCUGCCGUGCAGCUGUGCCUGGCGGGCUUGCCGUCGUGCCCGCGGCCGGCGCUCUGCGAUCCGAGGGUGCAGGAGCUCCUGAUGCGGAUGGCCACCGCGCAUGCCGGCCACCGCGAGUUCCGGAUGGGGGAGCUCAUCGCCGCUGCAGCCACGUACGCGGCGACGCUGUCAGACGCGCAGCUGCUUCGUCAGGUGCUGCACGGGGCGCGCUUCGCCCUGACCAUUUCUGGCGAGGGCGGCAAGCUGCCCCGGGCCCUGGCGGAAGCCGUCUGCCGCCUCACGGGGAACGACGGCGCCGGGCGCGAGGGCUGGGGCACAGCAGACUGCUGGGAGUGCGACCUCCCGCUGCUGGCGCCGGGGGCGCUGUUUGCUGCCCUCGACGAGAUCUGGGAGGAGGCGCGUGGCAAGGGCGUGGCGGUGGAAGUCCUGCAGGCAGUGGUCGCGACCCUGGUCUCGCCGAGCGAGGCCGCCCCGCAGCAUGCGACGUUGUCGAUGGCCGGCCGUGCCUGGCUAGCGCCCCGCUUGGCGCGCGCCGGCCUGCAGCUGGACGCACAGUGCGCCCCGCCCAACUCGGACGCGCUGCAGAGACAGCUGGCAGGAUGCUGGCUUGGGUUGGGUGCGGCGGGGGGCGAGGAACAGGCGGAGGACAUGGCUUACGCUUACUUUGCCGCCGUGCACGAGCACUUUGGCUGGAGUGCGCAGGGCUUGCAGUCUCAGCGGCUGCAGCUGGCUGUCAUGCGCGCGGUGCGGCGGGGCACCGCGCUGGACGUGCGCAACGCGCUUAGCGAGCAAUGGGCACUGCAAAGCCAGGUGGGCGGCCGGAUCCCUUGA